CGGCCAGCUCGGGGGCCCAAUGUCUGCUUCCAUCGUGAGGGAAGGCCGCGCGGAACGCGUUCGUCGCUCAACGUCUCGUCAGUCCGCGUUUUCCCGCGCCCCUCUCGCCUCGCCGUGAGUUUUCCGUCCGAAAAAUCGGCCGCAUUCAGAUUCCCGCGAGUGUACACGUGCCCACCGGGAUACCAGAGACUUCGUAAACGCCGCCCAGGACCCCAGGAACCGUCGGUUUGUGUUUGUCAAUUAGUGUUGAGAAGUGUCAUGGGGAUCUAGGAACGCCGGUCAGGAAUCGAGACGCAUGAGAGUCCAUCGCGGGCCAGCAUUCUCAGGUGAGGGCCCAGCAGCUUCCGGCGACGCAAUCGUAAGAUGUCGAUGGCCGAUGGUAUGGACAAUCCGGCGUUCGCCAGCGAAGAGGACUCCACUACCGAGCCGAAGGUGGAUGGCGGCAAUCAGCCUCAGCAAGUGACCUUGGACCAGGACCACAAUAAGUCCGCGUCGGACAGCGGCCCGGUGGAAAAUGGCCACCAACGAUCGGCCACCGGAAGGACCAGUCCGGAUCCGCAUUACAAGACGGAAACGAAAAUCGACCUGCCCGAGAGCAACGACAAGACCGUCGUCGAGCCGAAGAUGAACGGGGUACACGGGAACGGGAACAACAAUGACGCCAGUUUCCUUAACAAUAGCGUGACGAGCGUUCAGAUGAACGACUCUGGGAAGAAGGAGCAAAUCGAGGCCGUGAACUUGGAGCUGGUCUCGAUGAGGCCUUACGCGGGCAACAAUCAAACGAAAGGCCAGGAGGCCUGCGAGGUGCCAGCCGAUCCCUACGAGGAGUACUUCGUGCCGGUGAACGAGCAUCGGAAGUACAUCAGCAGGGGUCCCGAGGCCGAGGUUGAAACAACCGUGGCUGGAGUGCGUUUUGAUUUGGGCCCCGGCGUCGGCCGCGAGGGACUCAGCCUGAGAGACCCCGCCGCCGGACUGGUCGACUAUUCCCACUGGCUGACAGCCCUCAGGGGUGAGAAACUGUAUGUCACCAAGGACAAACGAUCGAGGAGCUCGUAUUGGAGAAGGAUGGCUUGCUGGGGCUGCGGGCUGUUGGUUCUUUUGGUGGCUGUCGUCAUUGCCAUUUUAGCUGCAACUGGCGUAAUUUUGACGCAAGAGGCGUCGGAACCACUCGAGAACCUGCAGCAGACCAAUUCUCGCCAGUUCGGCGACGUCCGAACCUCCGGCAGCCAAGAAUACAUGAAAGACCCGCCGCCUAGUCCGCCGCCAGCUACCUCGAGUUUCCCACCAUGGCAAACGACGGACGAGUCCUUGUACAAAAACGUACCGAGCGCUUUGGACGGCUUGAUGCAGCUCGACGAGUUCCGCUGGAACGACGAGUUCCAGGACCACAAGUCUCGAAUGUACAGACAGGUGUCCGGCGAGCUGGAGGAGCAGCUGAAGAGGAUGCUGCGCCCCGGGGACAACGGAACGAUAGUGAAAGUGUACAGCAUAAACCGGCAGGGACACGUGAAGUUUAGAAUAAGUUAUCCGCCGCGACCGAUGGUCGAGGAGACGCAACGGACCAUCGAGGAGUCGCUGCAGAAGAACGGCAACAUGCUCGGACAGUAUCAUCUGAACCGGCUGACGGUCAGCAAUCUCGUCGACGAGUGCCAGAUCGAGAAUUAUGGUUGUUCCGACAACUGCGAGUACGACUACUCCGUCGGCGUGUUCUCGUGUUCCUGCGACCCCGGGAAAACAUUGGACAACGGUGGAAAGCGUUGCGUGGACAAGAACGAUCUGAGCAACGUCGAAAUGGACGACGAGGUGCCGGAGACCAGCACCGAAGUGGUUCACUACUACGUUCAAGGGAGAAGCAGGGGACCGGGCACGUUGUUCGAGCCGAGAAGACCCGACGAUUGGGAUCAUUCCGAGCAGAGCACCGAAUCUGGUCAUUUCAAGCACACCGAAGACGAUAACAACCACGGCCAUGACCACGACAUGCACGAUCAUUCGCACGAUUUGGACAAACCUGACCAUGUACACUGGAUGCACGAUCACUCUGGACACUUGCCGACCGAGGAAACGACGGAAUCUGAGAAGCCGGACCCUUCUGCGGAGCCAGAACCAGCUGCCGAACCAGAACCUUCUGCGGAGCCGGAACCGUCGGCCGAACCAGCUGCCGAACCAGAGCCUUCGGCUGAACCAGAGCCUUCUGCGGAGCCGGAACCUUCGGCCGAACCAGCUGCCGAACCAGCUGCUGAAGUAAAACCUUCCGCAGAGCCAGAACCUUCGGCUGAACCAGAGCCUUCGGCCGAACCAGAACCUUCGGCCGAACCAGAACCUUCGGCCGAACCAGCUGCUGAACCAGCUGCCGAACCAGCUGCCGAACCAAAACCUUCCGCGGAGCCAGAACCUUCGGCUGAACCAGAGCCUUCAGCUGAACCAGAGCCUUCGGCUGAACCAGAGCCUUCUGCGGAGCCGGAACCUUCGGCCGAACCAGCUGCCGAACCAGCUGCUGAAGUAAAACCUUCCGCAGAGCCAGAACCUUCGGCUGAACCAGAGCCUUCGGCCGAACCAGAACCUUCGGCCGAACCAGAACCUUCGGCCGAACCAGCUGCUGAACCAGCUGCCGAACCAGCUGCCGAACCAAAACCUUCCGCGGAGCCAGAACCUUCGGCUGAACCAGAGCCUUCAGCUGAACCAGCUGCUGAACCAGUGCCUUCGGUUGAACCCGCUGCUGAACCAGAGCCUUCAACCGAGCCAGCUGUUGAACCAGAACCUUCGGCUGAACCAGAACCUGCAGCUGAGCCAGAACCAUCGGCUGAACCAAAACCUUCCGCAGAGCCAGAACCUUCGGCUGAACCAGAGCCAUCGGCUGAACCAGCUGCUGAACCAGAGCCUUCGGCAGAACCAGCUGCUGAACCAGAACCUUCAACCGAGCCAUCUGCUGAACCAGAACCAUCGGCAAAGCCGGAACUUUCCAUAGAACACGACACUUCGGUAAAACUGGAACUUUCGACCGAACCGGUGUCGCUCUCAGAACCAGAAUCUACCACGGAAUCGGGAGCUCCGACGAAACCCGAGCCAACAGCUGAACCCGAGCCUUCCGCCGAGCCAGAACCUUCGGCCGAACCUAGAGCCGAGUCCUCGUCCACGGAGCCAGAACUUUCGACGAAGCCGGAGCCUUCCGCCGAACCUGAACCGUCUACAAACCCAGAACCAAUUGCGGAAGAGAAGCCAACUGUACAACCUGAACCGACCGCAGAACCAGAACCAGCUGCUGAACCAGAAGCAACCGUGGAUCCACAGCUUUCUGUAGAACCUAAUCCUACCGCCGAACCAAAGCCACCGACCGAACCAACGCCUCUCUUCGAGCCUGACUCUGUCACCGAGCCGAAACCUGCGAACGAUGAAUCUGUCUACCCUAGAAUGACUACGGUGCCAUCGAUAGAGACCUCGACGAACGUAGAAUUCCAACAAGACAACGUUGGUGUAACUCCCAAUGUCGAAGAGCUCUCAAAAACAGAAUCAUCUAUCGAAGCUGUGCCCAACAAAGCUGAUCCGAUUACCGACGCACCGACCACCGAAUCUCCGACAGAGGCUACGACCAUAACUCCCGAAGGUGAACGUUCCACGAAUAUGGAGCCAGAACCCACAACCUUGUCGGCGAUCGAAGAAGUCGCCGGCAAAGAAGCGACUACCGAGCGAACUAUAAGCGACAAUGCACCCUUGUCGGUGAUACCUUUGACGACGGACAACGAGCAGGACAAGACACUGAGCCGUUCGUUCUCCGACGAUCAUUUAGGAGGGACUACGCCGGUAAUCGAUACAACAACGAGGGAAGUGGAGGGUGAACAUAAAAUGACGGCAAGUCCUGCGGAAGAAGAUCGCGGAACUGUGAACGUCGAAGCUGCGGCCGAGAAUAAAACAUUGCGAGACGAGGUCGCUGAGUAUACCACGAUGAGAACGGACGACGAAGAGAGCACAGAACCUUCGACAGAUAGCUCAAUGUUGACGCCUAGAUCCGUGGUCCCUGAAGCAGAGUCCACUACGGUCUCGAAUUUGGGAUCCGAGACGACGCUCCUCCCCGCAGAGAAUACAACAUACAUUUCCGAGAAUACGACAGAAAUGGAUUCUACGGUGGACAAUGACGCUUCGAAGCAACCGAAGUCGCAGAACGUGCCCGAAGCCGUCGAGCCCACCACCUUGGAGCCCGCAACGAGUCCGCACGACAUGAACGUGAUCGACCACAUUCCUGUAACCGUGUUCCCGAAGCUACCGAAGGACUUCGGUAAGAACGUCGAGCCUCUGAUAGAGCCGCUGAAGAACGACACGGAGGAACACAUUAUGAUCAUACCGAAAGAGGAAUCGCCCGAGGUGCAGGACCCCCACGCGAUCAUCCCUCAGCUGACCCCCGAACAAAGCAACAAACCAGCGAAUAUAUCGUCGUAUGAAAGCACCACGUCGGAGAACAAGAUCAUCGAAUCAUCCACGGAAGAGGUUAAAGCAGUUUCGAAUCACUCCGCGAGUCACCCAAGCGAGAACGUGGUCCCUGCCGGGGACUCGGUCCGCUUCGAGGACAGCUUGGAGCACUCGACCAGCCACCCGUUGCACCCUGUCGUCUACCCGGACAAUUUGGUCGAUCACAUCGUCACCGAGAAGUCGGACGUGGUCUACGAGAAGCACGUGGACGACAUGUCGCCGUUCCUGCCAGACGUUCAGAGGGAGAAGGAAGUGAAGAAGGCGCCCAGGCUGGACAAGGACGAGCAGGACGUGCCGAACCCUUUCGACGGCCACGUGGAAGACGUGGUGACGGACAAGCCGAUGGCGGAGCACGGAACCACCGAGAGAAACGAGUCGGAUCCGAAGGACUCCGACGCGACGAACGACGUGCGCCCCGAAGCGCGAAGCAACAAGCCGAUCGGCGAGGAGGAGGAAAGCAACAAGGUGAACAAUACGGGGGAUCCAGAGGGCUCGACGAAAGAGCCGUCGACCUUAUCGGACGUCCUCAACGUCAACGACACGGACACCGAGACGCAGAACGGCUUGCAUGCUUACGAUGUCGUCGACAGACCCGUCAACGAUCACGUUCACGCGGAUCUUCCCGCGGAAGAUGAAGAAGCUCUGAAGGUGGUGCCGCUGGAGGAGUUCAAGGAAACGACCGGCAAAGCGCACGAGGGCAAGCCUGAGGUGACGGAGUCUUCGACGAUCUCGAAUUCCAAGGUUGACUAUAAUAAUCCUGAAGAAUCUAUUACUGGCAAUGUGACGAGCACUUUGGAGAAGCCCGAGGAGAACGCCGUCGAGGAUCAGUACAACGACAUCAACGACGACAGAGAGAUCACCAAGGACAAGGGGACCGGGCGUCUGCUCGCGAACAACAUCAAUUCGGUGGAGAACAGCGAGGAGAAGUCGUCGAAGCUGACCGACGCUCAGGCGAAGGUCUCCGCGAACGACACCGAGGUCGCGUCGAUAGGCAAUGUCGCGGAGAAACACGCCGAGGACGCUAAAUUGACCACGCAGAUACCGAUACUGCCGAUGGAGAUUCAGCAGGAGAUGUCCACGACCGAGAAGAUCGACAGCACGACGGUGACCGAAGAGGCUCCCAAGAAAGACAACGAAACGGAAGCGAGCGCCGCGACGGCUCGCGCUAAUUCGGAAGAGGCCACCACGACUCAGGUCCCGACCACCCACGCGAGCUCGAUGGAGACGAAGACCACGGCCCAGGUGCCGAUCCUGCCGGAGGAACUGCAGACCACGGAGAGCGAGCCGGUGCUGACCACCUCGACGAUGCAGCCGGAAAAGGCGAACGAGACGAACGUCGAUGCGCGAACAUCGAUGAACGAAACGAGCGACGCCAACAGAACCGAGGAUUCUAUCGGCAAUUCGGAGGAACGCGACAACAAAACGAACGACCUCGCGACGAGCGCGGUGGAGCACUUAGGCGGUAGGAAGAUCGACAUCGAGCCGCAGAUAGACGUCCCGAACGUGAACCAGACCGACGAGGAGAACGCGACGGUGGAAACCUCGACGAGCACCGAGAACAACUCGAAGGCGAACGAAACGGACAACCCGAUAGAAGGGCGCGCGAACUCGACCGAGAAUGUCACUUCGAGUACGGCGAACAGUUUCAGCGAGGACAUAAGACCGGUCACGGAGAUCCUCGAGGACGACACGCCGGUCGGGUUCGUGUACAGAACGCUGUUCACCACGACGCCGAAAGCUGUGCUGGCCGACCUGAACGUGGGAGAAAUGUCGGAGGAAGACCUGAGGGUGAUCCCUCUGGAGAAGAGUCUGGAGCUGAAGAAGAAGUCCGUGGACAAGAAGGUGGUCGACAAGUACAAGUACAAGAAGGAGAAGGAGCUGGAUCUGGAAGCCGACGGAGAGGAGAACGCGGUGACGGACGUCCCGGAUCCUGUGGUGCUGCCUAUGACGGAGCUCCCAGGACCCGAAAGAGUUGCCGCGAGUACCGUGUACGUCUCGAAGGAGGACGCCGCGAUAUCGAAGCUGAAGAUCACGGAGACCACGAGCGGCUCGAAUCAGACGUCGUCGAAAGACGUCCCCGAAGGGGACUCUGACGGCGCAAUGGGUGCGAUGGAGUCCAGCACGAAGAGAUACCUCAGCUUCAUCCCCGUGUCGGAGGAGAUCAACGAACCGGAGCCGGUCACCGAGCCCUACUUCUAUUUCCGUCGGCCGAGCCUAACGAACUUUACGACGGCCGCCCCGUUGGCGGUCGGUGAAUCAUCGGGCGAAGGACGUUCCGCGAUUGUCUCGGCGAAAAUUGCCGAGCCGGACGACACAAAGGCGAACGAAACCGGCUCGCAGACUUCAAUGAUCGUUUCGGACCGGUCGGCUGUUACCUCACCGGCGCCGGAAGCGGGCGUAACGCGGGUUACGAAAGGACGCGGCGACGCGGACCUCGGCUCGCCCAUCGGGCACAUCGACGUCUCCUUCUUGAACCUGCCGCCGAACCUCGUGUUCUCGAAGUGCACCGCGGGUCAAUUCCAAUGCGCGAACGGAACGUCCAGGGACGGCGCUUAUUGCGUCAAGCUGUCCGCGAAAUGCGACUCCGAGAACGACUGCUCGGACGGCUCCGACGAGCUCAAUUGCGUGGAACAAGGCUGCCCUGGAAAUUUCCAGUGCGCGAGCGGUCAAUGUCUAAAGCGGGAUCUCGUCUGCAACAAGAUCCUCGACUGCGACGACGGCACCGACGAGAAAAACUGUGAUAGAUGGGAAUGCCAGCCCGACGAAUUCCGGUGUCCGAGCGGGAGAUGCAUACCGAGCAUCUGGCAAUGCGACGGCCGGCCCGACUGCGAGGACCAUCGGGACGAGUACGAGUGCAACGAAAGCUGUGGAAACGACGAGUUCCUUUGCCCGAAGGAAAAGUGGUGCAUACCGUUGACGUGGCGUUGCAACAACGUCAGCGAAUGUGCCGACGGCGAGGACGAGAAGCUCUGCUAUUGCGACACCGAUCAAUUCAAAUGCAAAAGCGGCGGAUGCGUACGAAAGGAGCAAGUCUGCGAUGGAAUAGAACAUUGUCCCGAUCAUUCGGACGAAUGGGGAUGUAUGAUCGCCAAUGUGGCAACCGAGAGGAAUCUCACGGACGGGCAAAAGGACGGCGCGAUCGGGAGCAACGCCGGACAGGAAUUGAACGACAGAAAAUCUCUGUUGAAGAUAAGACAAUUCGACGGUAGCUACCGCCUAGUUUGCUCCGACGGAUGGAACGAAGAGUUCAGCGACUCUUAUUGCCGAGCCUUAGGGUUCUCCGGUUCCGAGGCGACGGAACUUUCGGACUGGGACAGAAGCCAGAAGAUUAUGAGACUGAUAUUGAACUCGCGUUCCGACAUGCCGCUAGUCAAGAAUUUAGAGCCCGUGGAGUUGUGCAUCUCCGAGAAAGUGGUUCAACUCUCCUGCCAAGAGUUUUCUUGCGGCACGCAUUACGGGGAAGGGCCGACUGCCAGGUUGGUCGGUGGAACACCGGCCAGCGAGGGGCAAUGGUCCAGCGUGGUUUUGCUGAAGGAAUCGAAGUCCGGUGCUGCAUGCACGGCGAGCGUGCUGGGGCCCAUGCACGUGCUCGCGAGUUACUCUUGCAUACACAGGCACAAACAAAGCAACGGCUGGCAGCUGUUCACUGGUGAAAAUCAAUUGAAAGCCCAUCCGGUGAAGAGCAUCAUUCCUUAUCCCCAGGUGAAAUACAAUCAGUUCUUGUACGACAACGACAUCGCCCUGAUCGAACUGGCCAAGCCAUUGACCUUCUCCAGGAACGUCAGCGCUGUUUGCCUUCCGAAACAACCAUUCCAGCCAAGCCAGAUUUGCGUUAUGGUAGGAUGGGGAUUUCCGGUGAACGGCGAGGUAGAUCUACAGAAAUAUCUCAAGUUCCUGCCGUUGCCUACACGUGACUUGGAAGAAUGUAACGCGACGAGCCACUAUGCAGGAUUUAUCACGAAGGACAACAUUUGUGCUGGGUUUACCGAUACGGAUAAAGGACCUUGUUACAACGACGAGGGGGCUCCUUUGAUGUGCUUCAGCGAGUCCAGCGGUGGUUCAGGAAGAUGGGAAAUUCAGGGUCUACUUAGUCACCAUAGCAGAUGCUCAAGGGGUCAUCCAGCAAUUUAUUCGAGCGUGGAACCCACGCUGUCUUGGCUGCGACAGUCUGUGCCUGCUCUACAAAUGCAAAGUUAAAAGUAGGGUGGUGUCGUGCGAAACAGCCUACGCGAGAAGAAUAUGAAUUACGAACGUGUAUUGAAAUUUACGUUGCACAACGAAUUCGGUGAAAGGAACUGGAGAAGGUUGAAUUUCGAAGUUCCUCGUAAAACGUCGAGAAGAAAGCUAACGGGAAAAGAGAUGUACUUAAUUUGUUCUUUGUUCUUCUUUUUCUUUUUUUUUUUACGAUAAAUCCGUCUACAUUUCAAACGGUAUGUUCCUAUUUAUGAAUGCGAGGAAUGCGCUCGACGGAUAGCACUGAAUGGCCAUAAUUCGAUUUCUAUUAUAAAAAGGAGAUGUAAAUGAUUCUUUCUUUUUUUUUUCUUUCUAUGUUAUCGAUUAAUGGGUAGAUAUUGCAAUAUUUUGUAGUAGAAACGACGGAGGUACACACAAUUGGCAACACGAUACUUAUUUACAAUUAAGAAAUUUGUAAAUACUGUAUAAAGUGACUGUUUAAUACGAUUAACAUUGUAAGAGAUUUUUUACAACUUUAGCGAAUUGGGUCUCUUCGACAUAGGAAAGGUACUGAACAUUUGUUGAAUACUUGACAGUUUGGAAAUUCGACUUCUAUUGGGCUUGCCGACCUUCUGGAUAGCGACAGAGUUUUAUGCUGUGUCUCUCUUAUAUUGUAGUAUACUACCGGAGGGAUAUUAACGAUGGUGAAGCAUUAUUAAACGAACUCUGUAACUAUCUGGAAAUCGACAAGAACAAAAAAAGUAUUUAUUGCCGAUCUGAGAGACCAUCAUAUGAAAUACACCCAUACUCGUUUAGAAGUUUGUCUCAGAAAUCCUGUAGGAAGGAUUUCUGAAAUAAACAGCGGAUUAGGAUAUGAAAUAGUUAGGAUAAAUGUAUAUAAUAUAUAAGUAUUUUAAUGAAAUACAUUGUUACGAAGAGAUACAAUAAUAAAAUAUGUUCAUGUAUGCAUAGUCACUGAUGAAUGCGUAAGUAUUUUUAUAUAUUAAGGAUAAAGAAUAAAUGUAUUUUAAAUGAA